AUGGCCGCGCCCGAAACAAGGGACCCUUUGGAUGCGCUGCAGGCCCUCUUCAACGAUGCCCUCAUUCAAACCGGGAAGGCCAUUCGCGCAUCCAGAAGGGACAGUCAAGGAAAUCUCCCUCUACCUCAGGGAAUGUCAACACCGAAGCUGCCUAGCACCGUCGACGCUUUCCACAAGAUCCUCGAUGAUCUAGAAUCCGAUAUUAUAAAUGCGAAGUCCGUCGUUCUGCGCGACCUCAACCAGCUCCAGGCCAAGCAGUCCACGGAUCAACAGCAGCAAGUGCAAUCUGCUCUCCCUAUCGAAUCGCAAACAAAAGAGCCGCUCUCUAUCGAUGUCGAGUCUUCGCCCCCGCCUUCUACAAUAGCCCAUACCAAACCCGCCCUCGCGCCGUUUCCUGUCAUGGACGCCGGUAACAUGACCAGUGGCGACGCCUCGCUCGAGAUUGAAGAAACCACUCUCUAUGUAGACAACUCUACAAAGAAAAACGGCGUCAAAGCAGAAGCUCUAGCCGCUCCGGAGGCGCCCAUGAUGACCGACUCCAACUUUACCGACAUGCAAUUCUCGCUUGCACCCGGCGAUGGCUCGCAAGGCCAAAACACGAAUGCUGCUGGCUCUUUUGAUAUACCAUCGUUUGCACCCGGCGAUGCAAUUCUCUCAGUUGACAACAUGCUGUCCGGCAGUGGCCAGCCCGCCAACAGCAACGGCAGCGACACGAAUGGCCCGACAACUGUCCCUGCGACUACCGAAACGAUUAAGACGGAGCCGGUCAAGGGCACCGGAGCCACAAAUGAGUCGAAUUUUGAAGAAUUCUUCACCAACGACGCCAGCCAAGCUGACGGAAUGGAUUUUGACUUCAGCCUAGGUGGCGGUGGUGGCAACGGCGGUGGUGGCAUGGGUGAGGACACGUUUGACGAUCUGAUGAAUGACCGCGACGGGAAUUUUGAGCUGAUGACCAAUGAAGAUUUCGACGCUGCCUUUUUUGGACUCGACAAUAAAGACGGCACAUCUUGA